AUGCCAUGUGCGUUGCAGGCCACCCAACUGCGUGCACAGCGAUCCCAGUCCGAGGAACUUGACGGAGAUGCCGCCAACACAUCGGGUGGUCAGAGUGCAAAUGUCAGCGAUGAGACGGCUUCAGAUCUAGACGAAGUUCAGGAAGUCCAUCUUGGAUCCAUCGCAGACGGUCCGGAGGCGAGCUAUACGAAAGAAGAGUUGAUGGCCUUGAUGGCCCUCAGCCGCAGGGACAAGCACCAACGCACCAAUGGCACUGACCAGUGGGGAAGCUCCGGGCCGACGCAGUCCUUUUCUUACACCAAGCAAUGCUACAGUUUCACUGGCGGCGUUUGCACGAGCAAAAUCUGCGAUUACAAUCGGCUGUCUCAGUGCGUCGCGGGAAAGUGCGUGUGCCCGGGUGGCUGUGCUGGGGCAGACGGCAGGUGUUAUAAUGCCGGCAACAUUCUCGUCGCCAGUGGCUUCACAAUGAAAAAUGUGAAGUGGCCGAAGUACAGGAUGUAUUUCAAGCGAGUGAGCGCCUUCAACCAGAUGGGCACAUCCAGUAUGCCGAGCUUCAGCUUCAUGGGCUCGGACCGCUUCGACCUCUACCGGGUCCCAGGCCUUUUCAAGGGGAGGGCCCUGUACUUCCUCGCUUCGCACAAGUGGCCUGAGUACGUGCUAGCCAUUCGAGCCACAGUUGGAACUGCAUUCAGCCCAUUUGGCACGUACACCGUCAAGUUGAAGGACUCGUCUGCGCCAUGGAAGCCGGAGGAUAUUAUGCUGCGGGUCUGCAGCAUGGUAAGCUACGGCAAGCCCAACGAGAUCAGAUUCGGCAGCGCGGGAGCAACGCACACUAUCUGGGCCUACGUGCACAGCGGAGACUGGGAUGUCUGGGGCGCCAUGACCUCCCCAGGCACUGGCGGCAAGUGGAUCGCAGAUCCACCAAUCCCGGCAGGAUCCAUUUCUCCGUGCUAA